AUGGAUGGUUACAAGAGGCCAAGCAGGAGCGACACUCACUUGUCGGCAGAGGAAGAGGCAAAAUUAGAGGAGCAAACAAGAGGAUAUUUCGAGGGAAUAGCUCCUAAGCGCCACUCUAAGCCUCAACGCAGCGAGUAUUCACCUCAAUACGUUGAUACAGUCUCCACUAAUGAUGACCAAAAUUUUAUCCCAGAACAGGUUGAGUUUCAACGUCUCGUAAAUGAUCCUCGGAAAAUAAUUUACAAUGGAAGCGGUAAAGCGACUGAGGAGUUUGUGGAGACGGAGUAUUACCAGGAUCUCGCCUGUGUUGACAAGCAACACCAUACGGUUCAGGUGACUUCCGCUUCGGACAAGCCCAAUAGGAGCGACAAUUGA